AGCUCCGCCCGCUGUCCUCAGCCUCCGUUCCGUGCGCCGGGCCCUUCUCCCGCCGCUCCCGCCAUGCGCCACAGCCUCACGCAGCUGCUGGCGGCCUCGGCCGGCGGGGCCAGCCCCUCGGGCGCCGUCUGGCCGCUGGCCGGAGCGGGGCAAGCCCCGAGAGGGCGGGAUGGCGGCGGGGAAGGGGACCCGGGCCCCGCGCGGCCCAAACCGCAGCCGCCGCCGCGGCGGGAGCCCCCGGGCGCCUCGGAGCCGCGGCGGCAGGAGAAGGAGGCCGAGGCGCCCGGCGGCCCGCUGGAGGUGUGGGAGCAAGAGGACUGGUUCCCGGGGCUGGAGCUGGGAGACCUGCUGGAGGCGGCCCGGCCGGACUGGGACCUGGACGCGGAGCUGAGCGACUGCUUCUGUGGGGACCCGGAGCCGCUGCCCGCGCCGGGCAAGGGCCCGCGGCCGGCGGCGCCCGGGCGGAGGAGCGGCGGGGCCGGGAGUCGGCUGAAGGCGGCGGCGGCGGCGCGGUUGAACCGGCUGAAGAAGAAGCAGUAUGUGCUGGGGCUGGAGAGCCGCCUGCAGGGCCUGGCUGCCGAGAACCGGCAGCUGCGGGACCGCAACCGCGGCCUGAGCCGCCGCCUGCGAGAGCUGGAGCGGGAGAGCAGCUACCUGCGGGCUGUGCUGGCGAACCAGAGCGCGCUGGGGCAGCUCUUGAGCCGCCUGGCCGGGACCCGCGCCGGCGGGCUGCAGCUCAGCACCAGCCUCUUCAGGGACACGGGCAGCCCCCGCCGCCAGCACCAGCACCUCCAGCCCGCCGGCGAGAGCAGCGACCACGACUACGCCCUGCCCAGCUCCCGGCCCCGCGGGCUGGAGGAGGCGGCGGCCGUGCCUGAGACGGAGGAGGAGUGGGCGGCCCCCGGCGGGAUCUGCCUGCACGUGGACCGGGAUCAGGUGUCGGUGGAGUUCUGCUCCAUCUGUGCUCGGCGGGCAGCGGCCUCCUUCAAAAUGUAGGGUCAAGUACCUGCUGCAAGUACUCGUGGGGUUCUCACCCGUCAGGGCCUCGCGUCGCGGCGGAGGAAGCAGGCGAUGGUGCGGAGGAAAAGAAUCCAUACAGUGGUGAUGGGGUGGUAUUGGGGGAGAUGCAAAGGAGGGGAACCUGGUGCUUACUUAAGUGGCCAGGGUAACAAAAAUUCUCUCGAACGGCAUGUUGGGAGCCAGACGGUGGCCUUGGUUUAAGGUCCUGUAAAUCUGGCGUGUGGACGGUAGUGGUGUGAGCCUGUUUGGCGAUGGGAGUCGCGCAGAGCUGUGUGCAGCAGUGCGACAGUGGUCGUGCACACGCCGAGGUGCACACGCCGAGGUGCCGCCAGAGCCCGUUCGCAGCACUUGGGUGAAAAGAUCAUGCCGACUUGAUGCAUGAAGGUGUGCUCGGCUCCACUUCGCAGUAAAGAUAAUGCUGACUACCCGGUCUUGAGUCAGAUAAUGUCUAGCCUGCUUAUCCUGAGGAGCCGAAAAUGCUUGCUUAGAAAACCAAACAAAAACUCCAUUAUGACAUCGUCACUGGACAGACUUAAGAAAAUAGUAAUGAUCGGCAAAAGAAAGCAUGCAUAUAAAAUUGUACUGCAUCUCAGUUAUACAUUACUAUUAAAACCUCUCUGACAGUUUCUCUUUUAGGUGGUUGCCCUGCCAGGCUCCGUUGUGUAGGGGUUAAAGAACAGUCGUUUUCCACCUCGCAACCUGUGGAUUCAGCUGUGUUGGGGCAGAAGAGACGGGACCAGCUGCUGGCCACAUUUCCUGCUUUAUUUUAAAAGGUAAGUGGUUCUGUUGGUUUAAGUCUGAUGGCUUCCGGAGAUAUGACAAUUCUGUCAUGUAAAAUACUUGGUCCAUGGGAAUCUCCAGUCGGGGUGAUUAAGGUAAGGCCAAGCUGUCUGGGUGCAGACCAGGAUGGGAACACCACAUGACACAGCAGCACUCUGAAUCAAGAAAACUAAAUGAUCUCUACCUAACAACAAACAGGAGUCUAUUGCUGCUGCUCCUGGGUAUAGAUAAAGAAUGUGUCAUGUUCCUGCUGUAAUGACCCAUUUUUAAGGAAAAGGUAGAUAAAGAUGAUGAAACUCCUUCAAUAUAUUUUCAUCAGCAUUACAGCAUAAAUUUUAACCCCUUUCAAUUAAAGGUCUCAAUGCUGAAUUCUUAAUUCUCAUUAAUAAAUAUUUCCAUGUGCAUCAGGGGAUGCUAGAAUUUUACUGAAGUGACUGUUGACCAGUAACUGUACAGCUUUUACAGUCAGAGAACCAUUUAGGUUUGGAAAGACCCCCAGGACCAUGGAGUCCAACCUUUCACUCAUCACCAGCUCCUUGACUAGACCAUGGCACUGAGUGCCACAUCCAGUGGCACUUGAUCACCUCUAGGGAUGGUGACUCCUGCCACCUCCUGGGCAGUCCAUUCCAAUGCUUAACAAGCCUUUCUGAAACAAAAUUCCUCCUGAUGUUCAACCUGAAACUUCCCUAGCACCAUUUGAGGCCGUUUCCUCUUGUUCUGUCAUUUGUUCCCUGGGAGAAGAAGCCAAUCCCCACCUACAGCAGGUUAAGACCAUACAGCAGAUUCAGAGUAUUGCUUCUGUAGAAGAAUUCCUGAAUUGGCUCUCAGACUGCAGAAUACACUAAGGACACCUCGGGCAUUUUAUAUUGCUCUAGCACAUACAGCCACCAAUGUGAAGACACACCCAACUCAUAAAUGCAUUACUCUUGGACAUAGCUGAGAUAUCCCAGUAAUGGCACCAGCCCUCAAAGGCCUCUCACACAGCCCCAUCCUUCAGGAAAAGACUUAAUUUCAAGGCAAAAUGGUUGCAAAGCCAAAGGCUGUUUUUUUGAUAUGCUGGGAAGCCUGACAGGACUAUCACUCCUGAUUGCUCUGUGAUAAAAGUGUUCUCUACAGUGUGACACAUCCAACAGUGUAAAAGAGGUAAUCUUGUGACAAAAGUUUUGUUCUAGCCGAAUGGAGAAAAGGGAGAAAAAUACUCAGAAAUCUGAGUAGAUCUCUAGUAAAACCUUGCCUUGAUCUGCCCCCUUUUGGUUGUAGGUUCUGUGGUUUGAUUUUGGUGGUGUUUUUUUUGU